CCUGUAAAAUAUGGAUGUUGUGAUUAAACAUUGCUCUGUAGACCAGGAAAUUUUUGGUUCCUGUUGGAAAUGCAUUAGAGCAGAAAUAAAAAAUAUGGUAGAUAUGCAAAGGUCAGCAGGACUGAGAGCAGGAAAAGACUUUCCUGCCAUUCAAACUGGAAACAGUGGAGAAUUUUGGAAAACAAUCAGCCAGAAGAUUCCCCAUGAGGGCACUACCAGUUCAGAUGUUUGGCAUUGGCGCUUCCAGAAUUUCUGCUAUCAGGAGGCCAAGGGGCCCCAGGCAGUUUGCAGCCAACUUCAUCAGCUUUGCCAUCAAUGGCUGAAGCCAGAAAGGAGCACCAAAGCCGACAUGCUGGAUCUGGUGGUCCUGGAGCAGUUCCUGGCUGUCCUGCCCCCAGAGAUGGAGAGCUGGGUCAGAGAGUGUGGAGUUGAGACCUGUUCCCAGGCGGUGGCCUUGGCUGAAGGGUUCCUUCUCAGCCAGGCAGCAGACAAUAAGCUGGGAAUGAAGCAGGUGGAGAAGCCGUGGAUGGAAAUGGUCACAGUGCAUCCCAAAGAAAGGGGAGGUCUGUUCAGUUCCUCUCAAGAACUGCUCUUUGGGAAGGUCUCCCAGGAUAAUCCAGUUUGGGUCACUUCGUCAGGGUUCCAUCUCCUUUGAGGAGGUAGCCAUGAAUUUCACAGAGGAGGAAUGGGCACUGUUGGAUUGUUGCCAAAGGGCCUUGCAUAG